GCGGCGCGGGGCCCGGAGUUUUCCCACUCUCCGUGAGACCGCUACUCCGCCGCUGACUCCUCGUCCUUUUCCCGGCCGUCCUCCGCACCCCACCAAGAGAGUCGAGACUCGGCGAGCGGGGCGCCAUGAAGGGCCGCCGCCUGACGCGCGCCGCGGAGGACGGGCUGGCCGGCUGAGCGCCCGCGCGGGCCGAGGGAUGCGGAGCCCUGGCGGGAUCCUGUUCCAGUCGCUCCCGCGGCUCCUGCAGCACGCCGCCCUCCCGGGCCGCUCCGAGCUGCCGGCCCACUGGGCCCCGCCGCGGGCGGCGGGCGGGGACGACCCGGCGGCCCGCCUCCCCGGCGGGGGCGGGGCGAGUGCGGCGGCGGCGGCGGCGGCGGCCUCGGGCGCCCUGCUCGGCGCCUAUUUGGAGCGCCACGGUCCGCCCGCGGCCUCGGAGCUGCCGGAGCCGGGCGGCGCCUUGGCGGGCUGCCCCGGGAGCGGCGGCGGCGGCGGCGGGGUGGUGGUCGGCGUGGCCGAGGUGAGAAACUGGCGCUGCUGCUGCCUAGGCAGCACCUGUUGGUGCCGGAGCCUCCUGCUGGUGUGCGUGCUGGCCGCCCUGUGCUUCGCUUCCCUGGCCCUGGUCCGCCGCUACCUCCAGCACCUCCUGCUCUGGGUGGAGAGCCUUGACUCGCUGCUGGGGGUUCUCCUCUUCGUCGUGGGCUUCAUCGUGGUCUCCUUCCCCUGCGGCUGGGGCUACAUCGUGCUCAAUGUGGCCGCCGGCUACCUGUACGGCUUCGUGCUGGGCAUGGGUCUGAUGGUGGUGGGCGUCCUCAUCGGCACCUUCAUAGCCCAUGUGGUCUGCAAGCGGCUGCUCACCGCCUGGGUGGCCGCCAGGAUCCAGAACAGCGAGAAGCUGAGCGCCGUUAUUCGCGUUGUGGAGGGAGGAAGCGGCCUGAAAGUGGUGGCGCUGGCCAGACUGACCCCCAUACCUUUCGGGCUUCAGAAUGCAGUGUUUUCGAUCACUGAUCUCUCAUUACCCAACUAUCUGAUGGCAUCUUCGGUUGGACUGCUUCCUACCCAGCUUCUGAAUUCUUACUUGGGUACCACCCUGCGGACAAUGGAAGAUGUCAUUGCAGAACAGAGUGUUAGUGGAUAUUUUGUUUUUUGUUUACAGAUUAUUAUAAGUAUAGGCCUCAUGUUUUAUGUAGUUCAUCGAGCUCAAGUGGAAUUGAAUGCAGCUAUUGUAGCUUGUGAAAUGGAACUGAAAACAUCUCUGGUUAAAGGCAAUCAACCAAAUACCAGUGGCUCUUCAUUCUACAACAAGAGGACCCUAACAUUUUCUGGAGGUGGAAUCAAUAUUGUAUGAUUCUAACAAAAUGUAUGAUUGUCAAGAGCCUAGUAUGCUGUCCAAGGUCUAGCAGUCACUUCACUAGUGGGCAGAAACAAAUUCUAAUUGUAUUACGGCACAAACAAAACUGACUAGUUUUUAAAUUGCACAAAUUUUUUUUUAAAGCAGGAAUCAUUUUCUGGCUAUGUAAGUGUAAAUGUAAUGCAUUUUGGCUGUACCUCUUUAUCAUGCCUGGAUUGGCGUUUCGGUCUGCACUUUAGUGUUUUUUAAUUGUUUUAUUUCUGAGUUCUUAUGAACAGAGAAAUGACCCAAAUAUUUUUUCUGCCUAGUGUCUUUAUUUAUAAAGUCCACAAAUAGUUUUAUGUAUCUUUCCUACUUAUAAGCAUGAGUAAAAGUAUGCAGUUUUUAAAUGUAUAAUAUUAUUGGGUGGUCUUUGCUUUGAUAACCUUUCCAGAAAGGAUAAACAGUGCUUUUUGUUUUGUUGUAUUGUUUUAAGUGGGACCACUUUGCUUCCCAUUUCCUUACUCUUUAAAAAACAGAUGAAAACUUUCAGUUGAAUGUAUUUUUGCAAGCAUCCCAUUGUUGCAGAGCCAUUUACACCUAUUCACUAAAGCUUAAAUCCUACCUUGUGGGACUGAAGUGCUCUUAAGAUAUCUUUUUAUUUUCACUGUGUAAUAUGCAAAGCAAAAAAUUAAAUUAUUUAAUAGGUGGUGGCUCACAAUUAGAACUCGUGUUCCAAUUUUAUUACAUUGGCGUUAUCUUUCUUAGAUCUUUCAUCAAAGGGCUGUCCCAUUGCAAUCUUAUUAAAACAUUUUAUUAAAAUAAACUCUUUCCUUUUUAUAUUAAUAAUUAGGCUUUGAAAUAAAGAUGCUGUUCCUUUAAAAUGGUGGGUUUACCAUCAUUAAAAAUGUCACUCAGGUGGCCUUGUUUGAUCAAAACGCCUUUUUAAUAAACCAAGCUUUAAAAUCAUGUUUAUAAGUCUAUUGAAGUACAUAUAUAUUUGUCCCCAUAGUCUUCAGCUUUACAAUUAUUAAUAUAAUAUUAAGUUAAUGCCCAAGGUAUUAUUUGCCCUACUCCAGGUAGGCUUAUUUUGUUUGUUUUUUUGGUACUUGUUUUUCUCUGAUAAGACUCAGGAAUUCUGAAAUGUGAAAUUAAGUGUCUGAAGUCAUUCUCUUAUAGCAUGAAUCAAGUGUAUUCUUUAAUAGCACUUACAACUAUAGAGUACAAUAAUUUGGAGUAUGACUCAUAUAAAAUAUGUUAUUCAUUUUUCACCUUUAUUUUUAAAAUAACUCGAUGAGCUUUUUUUUUUUUACAAUAAAAUGAGAGUAUAGAUAUUAAUACAAAUUUUCUGGUAGGUAUCUUCUUUGAUUUUGAAGAUUCCAACUUAUCAGAGACCUCCCAUUUGCCUUUCCAUUAGGAUAAAACCUUUGCCCUGAUGUACUAAAGUACAAAGGAAUUUCUUAGAAGCAGAUUAUUCUAGUCUUGUGCUAGAGAUGAAUUUGAUUAUUUUAAUGCAUAAGUUUCUUGCCCUAUUCAGAUAUAAAGGUUUUCCUUUUAUUUAUGCACAAGUUUUUUCACCUUUAAAUUUCGUUUAUAUGUCUCUACCAAGAAGACUUCAGUGCAAACACUCUGAAAGCCACCUGGGUCUACAAGACAUAAUUGGCCUCCAUAUUCUUCCAUUAUUAGUAGAAAAAAUAUGUAUACAGUAUUGGAAUACUCUUAUUCUUUUUUGAAUUCUGAUUGCCUAUUUAGAUUUUUUAAAUGAUUUUAGUUUAACAGUACCAGCCAACAGUACAUUUGAUUUAUUCUUUUCUAACUUGACAGAUUUAUCUGUUGCUUUUUGUUUAUUUGUUUUUAAAGAAAUGAUUAUUUAAGAUCACUGUUUUUGUACUUGUUUUACACUUCAUGUAUUUUGAAGUGCAUUUAUUUACUUAGCAUUUAUGACUUGAAUAAUUUCACCAAAUGAAUACUUUUUGGUUGUUUGUAAUGAGUUCUUCCAAUUAUUACAUUUUGCUCGGUACUUAUAAUAAAUAUGUAAAGGUAAAAGAGAAUUUUUCUGUAUUCUGCCAAUCAUAAUUUUAUAUAAUCAUCCAUUGUUUUUCUUAAGAUAAUAUUGAUUGAGUAUUUCUAAACUACUAAUCUAUGGUUGCAGUUUUUCUUUUCUUCAACUUUUCCUGCCUCCAAGUAAACAGUAGUCUCUUAUAGUUAAGCUACUUGGUAGGUGGAUUUGGUUGCUGGUUUUUUAGGUUGUGCUCACUUUAAAUUGUGCAGUUGCUAUGCCUUAUUCAUUCCAUCUUUAACCCUGCAUCCCAGAUUUAUGGCAGCAACACACUUCUCCGGGGUACUUUUAUGUUGCCCAAAUAUUGCCUUCAGUGAUAUAUUGUAUUUAUAAAAUGUCUCCAGUCAUAUAUAUUUAUAUAAACAAAAUGUUUCAGCUUUCUCAAACUGUUUAUGUCCAGUAUAAAGUUUCUUAAUGCACAUUUUAAAAGUGUACAGUACACCUAACUUCCAAAUCAAUCUGAUGAAAAAUAUCUUCUGUUUUUAGUUCUUUGGGCCUUUUCCUAAGUUUUGUGUAUUUUUUGGUUUAUUGAUUGUUAAAAAUUGCAUUUACUCUUUGCCAAAUUUUAUCAUGUAAAUUAUUUUAAAGUAGCACCUUUAAAAAAAAUGUGUAUAAAUCUACUGAGUGCUUUUGUGUUCAUUUUCGUUUGAUCAUCUGAUUUGUGCAAUAACUUGAAAUCUGUACUCUUUGGUUUGUGAAAAUAAUACAACCAAAUCUCUGUCAUUUGAAUGUGUAUUUUAUGUUCAGAAAUGAUGGUAGGUUUAUUCAGAGCCAGCCACACUUUCUCCUCAUGCACUUUGUAACCAGCUACAGCUGUUUUUAAGAUGUGUUCCCCUGAUAGGGUCAAGUACAUGUGUAUAAAACAUUUUCCACUUUGGGAACUAUUAAGGUCAGUAGUUUUAAUUGCCCUUGCUGUGGCUGAGCUAAGUGGUAUAGAUUCAAGUAUAUCCCAGGGAUUCUUGUGUUUGUUAAUAUGCACUGCUGAUUUGGAUUGUUCUUAGGGAAAGACUUACAUAUAUUAAUAUUUGUUAGCUCUGGGGCUAUCUUCAGAAAGCAUGAGAGAGUAACCAGCUGAGUGCCAGGUGGUGUAGAUUAAUCCUUAGAUGCAAGGUAAAUCUAUGCUGUUCACAGCCAAAAAGCAUUUGCAGAGAAAAAAAGUCCUCAAGAACAAUGGUCUUAAUCUAAGUUGGUGGCCUUGUUGAUAGAAUUUUGUUUCUGCCAGAGGCAAUUCGCUGUAUCAGAAUGAUGGUCAGUACAAUGCUAUCUGGAUUUAGAUUAGAAUUGUUGAUUUCUGUUGUAAUAAAGUAUUUAGGAAAUAAUUUUCUUAAAGGUUAGCGCAUUAAGCUGAAAAGCCAUUAAAGAAGGAGGAGGAAUUACUGUUCUACAGUAUAUUCAAAACUCAGGAGUUCAAAUAACCUCAAAUAGCAAACAUAAAUGUUAACUUUUUCCACAACUAAAUUAUAAUCUCAUACUUCUGAAGUGUAAAGCAAUUGCAAACUUUUUUCUAAGAUGGCUGAAGAUUUAAAAUAGAUCAUUCUAAAGUGAAUCAGUAAGAUGUCUUGAUAAUUGAUAUCUCAAAUCACUUGUGUGCCAGAGAAAAUAAAAGGUGAUAUUUUA